AUGAGUGGACGCGAUGCGCGUUUCUGUGUACGCCUGAAUUUUGAAAUCUGCGCAUUGCUGCCUUUCGCAGGUUCUAUACCGAAGGAGUUGGGAGACCUUACGAAGCUGGAGCAGCUUGCUCUGAACAACAACCAUCUUACAGGCACCAUCCCGGCGGAGCUGGGCAAGCUUGAAGCACUGAAGAUGCUCGACCUUGAACACAACAAGCUAAGCGGCCAUAUCCCGCCUCAGCUCGGACAGCUUGGCGCCCUCCAGUACCUCUCCCUCUCCCUCAACAAGUUAGAUGGCCACAUCCCACCUGAGCUAGGGGCUCUCAGCGAGCUGCGGGUCCUGUGGCUCAACGGGAACAAGCUCACAGGACUCAUCCCCAAGGAGCUGGGAGAACUUCGUAGGCUGGAGAAGCUUGUGCUCUACAGCAACAAUCUCACAGGCCCCAUCCCAUCGGACCUGGGGCACCUUUCCGCACUCAAGGAGCUCUACCUUCAGGCCAACCAGCUGAGCGGACCCAUCCCCGAGGAGCUGGGAGCACUUCUUAGGCUGGAGAAGCUUUGGCUCUACAGCAACAACCUCACAGUGUUCCCUAGAGCGGUGGCUGAGAGAUUUGCAGCCCAAGACAUACGCCUCAUUACUGAGGACAACCCUUGGAUGGAGCCACCAGCGGAUGUGCUGAAGAUGGGUUUGGCCUAUGCGGCCAGCUUCCUCAAGGACCUUGAAGACUUCGGAAGGACAUCGUCCAACCGGCUGAAGGUCGUUCAAUUCUCAUUUUUGGAUACGUUCCCAUUUUUCCCGCAAGUCUGUUAACCGCCAAAAGUUCAACCAUGCCGUGUCUAAUAAAGGCCACACUUGAUCACUUGAUGGCGAGAUAUAGUAAAGCCUUGGACACUUUCGCCUUUCGCCCCAAACCACUGCCAGUGGGUACUCACACACCUGCUCCACCGUGAACUGACUUCCAUGGUUGGGAUUACGUCCGGCCUAGCUGAGCUUUCCGGCUGUCCGUGAUCGUGUUCACAAGGUAUUCGGGUACUGGGUUGUACUGGGGUUGUCGGCGGUGGGCCGUGACCGAUCUACAUGUGCCCCCUGUUUUCAAGGAGGCUGUCCACCAGCCAAAUAAAAAGGGCGGAACUUGCAUGCAUAGCAGCACGAAAUAGCACUGAUUCAGAUCAGCAGUCCCAUCUGGUUAGAGUUCAGAAAGAAGCACAUUCACCGUGCUCUAGCCCACCCUAAAGAGAGGAUCCACACGACGAGAGCGGUGCCGUAAAAAGAGGGAACGACAGGGUCCAGCUGUUCCCCGCUUACUACCGCGCUUGUGCAAAACUGCAAAGAAUAGGCCCCCUACUACACGAUGGCGCAGCCGGACCGCAAGGCGCUGGUUGCCCUAUACAAGGCGACCGGUGGGGCUAACUGGAUUAUCAAGCGAAACUGGAACACUCGUGCCGCCCUCUCGCAAUGGUUUGGAGUCGAAGUCAACUCCCAGGGCCGCGUGGUGACGUUGUCUCUGGGGCUCAACAAACUCCAAGGUAUAAUUCUUUGAUUUCUUUCUUGCGAUCUCUUUGACCUUCCCCAAGAACUCUUUGACCGACAGCAGUGGCCCUUUCAUGAAGUCGCAAGUCUUACAACAUGCCACAAGGUUGUCUAUUUCGUACGUUCCCGUGUUCUGCACACGGCCUACGCCUCAGCUCACUGUAUUCGUCCAAGCUAAUCGACACUGCAAUGUUUCGCCUCCUAGCUUUUGCUCUUUGGACACGCGCCACCUGUGCAGCACAUGACUUUUCCUGGCUUUCAAGUGCCUCUGGUACGCUGGAGACCUUCGGUAUCUCUUCUUUUGCAGGGCUCUGAUGCGGUGCACGUUAUACUCUGGAGCAUUCUCCGCGAUAAAACCGUUCCGCACGGGCCCCGUAGGCUUGGUGGUUGGUUUCCGUGCUGGCAUCCAUCCGUUUUUGUUUGUCGCAGCCAUUCCUGGGAAAAUGUGGCAAAUGCCGUGUGGUGUCAAAAUACGGGAAGGGUGUAUUCCAGACGUUGGCAGGGUCGGCGGGGAAUAA